ACUCUGUAACAUGGUGCAGUAAUUAAGGGAGUUCACGUGGGAUACAAUAAAUGCACUCAAAUAAAAUCCUAAAUUAGCACAGAUAUUUAGUUUUCAAAACGAGCAGAAUUUUAACAAUCAAAUAUGGUACAUGAAUCGGUCGUCGGGUAAAGAGGACCAAACCUGAAUGGAAUCCAGACUUCCGUAAAAGAAAGGAAACGCAAGAUUUUCCGGGUAUCUGACUAAGGGCAGUCCCAGACACAAACGAAUAAAGGCGUUGGUUGCCUGCUUCUGAAUCUGUGGUGAGAAGAUUUCGUUUAAUUUCUCUGUAUUUUCUGUUGGCAAAGCACAAACUUCUGAUAAAAUUUCCCCAAAAUGGCUGAAACGGAAGACACCGCUGCGCCUUCAGGGAGCGACACAACUGACGGAGCGCCGCUCGCUUACAAGGCCCCGGCGCCAAAAUCACUGAAAGAAAUACAAGAGUUGGAUAAAGACGAUGAGAGUCUGGCGAAAUACAAGAAAUCACUGCUCGGGGAAGGCGUUGAGGCAGAAGCGACUGGGGAGGGUCCCAAAGUCACGCUGCAGGAGUUAGCUCUUAUUGUGGAAGACCAUGAUGAUAUCGUGUUGGAUUUAACAGGUGAUCUUGCAAAGCUAAAGGAAAAGACUUACUUGAUCAAAGAAGGUAUUGUCUACAAAGCAAAGCUAACAUUUGUGGUGGAGAACGAUAUUGUUGCAGGCUUGAAGUAUGUGCAGGUAUCCCACAAAACACUUGCUCCAAGCGACACAUCCACCUACAUGCUGGGAAGCUACGCCCCCAAGAAGGAAGCCCACGUCUUUACGGCGCCCGUGGAGGAGUUUGCCAAGGGCAUGCUUGCCCGGGGACACUACACCGUCCAGAGCAAGUUCCUGGAUGAUGACGGGCGAGAGUUCCUCAGCUGGGAGUGGGCGUUUGACCUCAAGAAAGACUGGGAGUAGUUUGGCAAGAGGGCAGUGAAAUUUGCAAAUCUAGGGAUUGUACUGGUACAUUCUAUGAACAGGGGCUUACGGCAUUGUCUAUUUUGUUUUAUGCAUCACUACUUGUGACUACAGGAUUAUGUGUGUGAGGCAGUCGCAUUCUAGAGGCUAGUAUAAUGACAAUAGAGUCAAGAACAUUCUGUAGCCAUAGGCAAGGACAUGUAUGUACAUGUAUACACUUAUUGACUGGCAAUGAGGUCACUAGGGCAUGUCUAUUCACUGGUUGAAUAGUUUGAGGUUGCUAGUGCGUGUACAAUUUUAAUAGAUCUCUCUCAUGGGACGCCAUCUUUGUGGAAAAAUGACUACUGCGUGUUCAACGCCAUCAGGUGCGUGUGCUUGCAGUGUACAAAAUUAUCUAAACACGCGCACGUGUGGCUAGAAAUUUCUUCAAAAAUACGGCACAGCCGAGCACAUCACGAAAAUCUGUCGCCCUAAAUGCCGAUGCACGUGGCAAUUUGUAGAAAGUGACGUAAUUUGAGAGAGACCUAUGGGAUCAAGUGCAUUCUGUAGCCAAGGGCUAGUAUACACAUUGACUGGCAAUGCAGUCACUAGUGCAUGUCUAUGCACCCUAAGGGGGCUGGUGGUGGAGACCAAGGGGGCUUAGACGUGCACUAGUGACCAAUAAUGCCAGCCGGCAUGUGUUUUGAGACACAGUACAAUCUGUUAAGCCCCUAUUUUUCGUGUUCUGAUACGUCUUGCAAACUCCCAAAAUGGUGCUCACGCCAGUCAAAAAACAAUGAGUGUGCUGCCGGACAGAGCACGUUAUACGUACUUAAAAAGCGCACAAGUGAUACUCGACUACCAUUUAGUUCAAUCUCAAUGCACAUUUCAUACAUACACAUGUAUUAAUGAACCCCAUGUGACCGUGUUUUAGCCAACCAGGAUAUAGAAUGAGGGAAUGUAGCAUUAAUCGUGUGAGCUUUUCACUUUCUUCCAAACAGGCAAGUGCAUUUAUACAUGUAAGUCAUAUUGUUAUAUUGUAAUUUCAUUGGUCGAGAACAGCCACGUGUCCAGUCUGUAAAAACGCAUAUACAUGUAUACCAUGAUUAACCUCAUGUACAAUGCGCAUUGCACACCCGCGUGUAGAACCUGCACGCGCGCUCGCAACUGAGAAAGUCCAGCAUUCAAUGCGCAACCGCUAAGUCUCAUGUCCUGCAGGAAAGCCUGCAGUUAUCAAGAGUUUUCAUUACACCACACUGAUUUAAUUUAUUUCUUGCAUUGUAAGUUACAACCAUAGGCUUUGCCUAUGGCUUUGCCUAUGCACUCCUCGGGUGUUAAAAAAGCAGCAUAUCCCAGAUCACAGCAGUCAACAAUUGUUAAAUCUAGCUCAUUCUGCAGCCACAGGUUAUAACAUCCGUGCUGCCAGAAGCUAGUCCAUUUCUCAUAGUCCACAUGAGGCCUGUCUCAUUUUCGCAUGAGCUUCAGGCACCGUCAGCAAAGCAUUCAAAUGUCUAUCCCAGUGGUCUCCCAAACUGUCCCCUUGCAACUGUCGAGCGGUUACUUGUGCAUUACAAGUCUAUAGCAAUACAAGCAAACAAAUUUUAAGUUUUCAGUGCGGCCAUCUUUGUCUGGUUCUCUGAGACAGGUCCAUGCUUUUUUGUUGUAUGCAGAAGUGCCUCUAUAUGGAUCCCUCCUAUUGAGAAUCAUUUCCCUGAGCCAACUGUUUCCAGAAAACAAAUCCAUUGUCUUAUAAUUAUGAGCAUUAUGUGUUUUUAUGCAUUUAUGAAACUAUUGGAACCUACUUACGCAAUUAAGUUUCAGAUUUUGUGUAUAUGUUUUAGUUAUGUUUUCCACGUAAUAGUAGUUUGUAUCUAGCUUUUAUAUUGCUACCAGGUGCCAUACUGAGCAUUAAGGAUUUCUCUGGCCAAUGGUUCUUGCCUUUUAUACACACCAAGAUUAAAUACUUUUGCAGGGCAUCUAUUGUUAAACGUUUUUUAGUAAAUCAUUUUGGAAGCACUUUCUUGCCGAACAAAACAAGAAGAAAUACCAGUGUGAAUCAGAAAAAAGUCUAUAUUUGACUUCGUCUUAUACUGAUGAAAAUGACCAAAUUUGGAUUUUAAUUAAGUGUGCUUCGAAACCGGGUACUAGAGUGAUUUCAGGAACCGGUUCCAGAUUAUGGGAUCGGGUACCUGUAACCAACUUUACAAAAACUUUUGAUUUGUAUGUUAGAAAUAUAUUGUUGAAAAAGGGUUUUUAUUGAAUUAUUAUCAUGUCACCCUAAAAAUGUCAAUGUUUUUUUUUGACAACUAUUUUAUUCCUAAAACAUUAACUGACCGUGUCGAUUUUCACACAAUUUGUUUCACUCAUUCCACCAAACUUUUAGUAAAUGUUUUUAAGUAUUAAAGCUUUUGUCUUGCCGUA